AUGGCAUUGUCCAAUUUGACUUCGAAGGCUGUACUGAUUUAUGAUGACUGGAUUAAAGAUGCUGAUCCACGAGUUGAUGGCUACCUACUCAUGUCUUCACCUUUCCCACAAGCAUUUAUUCUUGGAACUUAUAUAUAUUUUGUCACUAAUUUAGGGCCAAAGUACAUGGAGAACAGAAAGCCUUUUGAUUUGAGGCAAUUAAUGUUUGUUUAUAACUUUGGCAUAGUGGCUCUUUCAAUAUAUAUGACAUAUGAGUUCCUCAUGUCUGGCUGGGCCACAGGCUAUACAUUUCGCUGUGAUAUAGUUGACUAUUCCAGGUCACCUAUGGCGCUCAGGAUGGUUCGUGUCUGCUGGUUGUAUUAUUUUUCCAAAUUCUUUGAGUUGCUAGACACUGUCUUCUUUAUCCUUCGAAAAAAGAAUGCCCAGGUGACAUUCUUACACGUCUUUCAUCAUACAAUCAUGCCAUGGACUUGGUGGUUCGGAGUCAAAUUUGCUCCAGGAGGUUUAGGAACAUUCCAUGGUAUGCUCAACUCUAUGGUUCAUGUGAUCAUGUACACCUACUAUGGACUUUGUACGCUGGGGCCAGCAUUUCAUAAGCACUUAUGGUGGAAAAAAUAUAUGACAACUAUACAACUGGUGCAGUUCAUUUUGGUGACAGGGCAUAUAGGACAAAUCUACCUCAUGGAUAAUUGUCAGUAUCAGUAUCCGAUUUUCAUGUUCAUCAUUGGGCUCUACGGAUCUCUGUUUUUAAUCUUGUUUCUACAUUUUUGGUAUCAUGCUUAUACCAAGGGUAAGCGGCUCCCAAAACAUUUGCAAAAUGGCGUUAGCAGAAACAAAAAUGAAUGA